AUGUUUGCCAGACAGCGCGCGUGGACUGCAGUUCGCCCUUGUCGGCGCACUUUCUCUAGCACCCCCAACGCUUGGUCACUCGAGAACAGAUAUGCCGACAAGUUGCAGCAGCGAGCACAAGAGCAAGGUCUUAGCGUCUCUGAACUCAAGAAGAGAGUGAAGGAGGCUGCUGAAGCCGAGCGCAAAGCUGCCCAAGUAACUACACCUCCGCCAGCCAAAGAAGUCGCCCCUGGUCAUACGAAUACCAUCAACUCGGCGACCAACGGCAAGAAAACUAGCUCAGCACCUUACGCUCCCCCUCCUGCGACCAGUCAACGUCAGGACAGCUCACCUGUCAAGGCAGAGUCCAUCUUCAACACUUCUAAACUUCUUUUCACUCCCCAUACGUCGGAGCAAAUAUCUGCCCUUUGGACAGCCUAUCAUGCUUCGCGCAGCGGGGGUACUGGUCGCGGCUUCAUGUGUGCGACGCUUCCCGUCAGCCAGUACGAAACCUUGAUGCGCAUUGCCAAACGUUACCCCAACUUCGUCAUACCUGUUCCUCGGCUCGUUCCACCUCAAGAGCCACCUUCCCAGGACGAUUCUGCCAAGACAAAAGACGAACUGUCUUACGAGUUCUAUUACCUCCAGUGGGACUUCCAUGCGCCUCCUCCGGCGCCCAAGGCCAAGGAAACCGACCUUUUCGACGCCACACCAUCGUCCGCCGAUCACAGCCUUCCACCAGCCACGACCGUGCUCUUUACCCCGCUGCAGGAGUACAAGCUCCGCGCAUCAUUUGCAACGCCGUACCUCGUCCUCACGUUUUAUCCUGACUUGGCGAAGAGCCACGGGUUGGUGCUCCUGCGGGGCGAAAUCACACCGUCUGCUGCGACGGCCGCCAGACCCCCUGGCGGAGAUCCCUCUGAAAGGUUCAUGCUGAGUCAGGGGGACGCACAACUGCUCGCUAUGGGCCUGCAGAAGUUCUAUCUCUGGGGCGAGGCAAAGACAGGGCACCAAGAGGGUGAAGCUGGUCAGCUGCUGCAAGCUUUCCAUGAGAAGCCCGAGGAGUUCAAGUGGGAGGAUCUACUCAAACAUGCUACAUUGGCUUAGACAUAGAAUAUAUUACAGAAUCGUUAUUACAGUAUCUCAUGCUUACAUGCAGACAUGUCUAGUAUGGAAGGUAUACUCGGGUCAGUGUACUGCUCGAAAACGAGUUAAGCAGAAGAAAUAAGCGGUGCCUUGUGAACCCAUUCAUGGCGUUCUAGUUCGUCCAAGACGAAUGUAGCAAACGCAUCCCUACUCAGAUAUAUGCCCGUCUUACCAUCCCCGACGUAACCAAUUAUAUACUCCUCGCUUUGAGAACUCGUAAGUAUCGGUACACGCCCAAUCGUCCAGGCGAGGUCGCUACCGCCAUCUUCCCUGAUUGUUUUCCCAAUCGCCACAACGUCCUUGUAUGCGGUCCGCGCGAACGUCGCGACACCCGUGACGAUGGCCGACAUCUUCAAGCUAAACUUGUCCGCGGGAUCUGUGAUGCUAGGAGUUCCGAGAGCAAUCAAGCGGCGAACCCCUUGCUGCUUCAUGACACGGAUAAGGAGCGCGUAGGCGUGCGCUAAAGGCUCGCCGCUGGGGUGCAGGGGCCCACGAGAGACGGAAGGCCCAAGCGCGGAAAGGACGGCGUCAACGCCAUCGAGAGCUUGGGUGAGUGUGGCUUCGUCUGUGAGCUCGCCUUUGCGUAUCACGACGUUGGGAUUAUUCGAGUAGUGUUCGGGUAAUUUCUGGGGAGAGCGCGCGUACACAACUACAGUGUGGGAGGCUGCCAGGGCACGUUCGAUAAGGAGGAGGCCUAUGCCACCAGUGGCACCGAGGAUGAGGACACGCAUUGUAGAGUUAUGCUCGUAUUCCGCUCGCUGCGUUUGUGAAGGUGAUCGUGCCGAUGAUGGGCUGGGUGAACAGACGAGGUCGCGCACUCAACUUUAUAUUCUUGCCUGACAAGCGCCCUUGCU